CUCAUAGGGAUUCUCCGGCGUUCCUAAAACACCUCGAUCGUGACUGUACACACACAUUGUGCGCACGUGCUCGUCUCUAACCUCAAAAGUGCCCCGUCAGAGUUUGAUGUGAUACUUGGAAGAAACGUAGCGAAGGCCGAGAUAGAUAUUUUGCUUUUGCAAAUACCAAGCUUCGGCAAUGGCGAUGCAAGUACCGACCGACGUAGAUGCCGAUCAGAUUAAAUCUUUUCGAGACUUCUUAACUUCGUAUAAUAAACUCUCCGAGAUUUGCUUUAUCGACUGCGUAACCGACUUCACGGCGCGAGAGAUUAGGCCGAAAGAGGAGAAAUGCGCCCUGAACUGCAUGGAGAAGUAUUUGAAGAUGAAUCAGAGGGUGUCGCAACGUUUCCAAGAAUUUCAGAUAACUGCUAAUGAGAAUAUCUUAGCCGCUAAGAGACAAGGUCAGACGAAUUAAUUUUAUUGGUAGAACUGCAAGAUGAUUUUAUUGUAAGCUUUUGUCUGAAGCUUCUUGUCAUAAAAUCAAAAGAUUGCAACAAACAACACCUGUAAGUUGAAUACCUCUCUACACGAUAGUCUAAUUGAUUCAACAUCUAAUAGAUACUUGUUCAAGAUUUAAAAAAGAACUUUAUUUUGCAAUCAAGAAACAUCGAUUGUAUAAUAAAUUGUACUCUAUAAUAUAUUGUAACAUAUAUAAAAUGUUGGACAUGUAAAUUAUGAAAACGAUGUAGUUAAUGUACGUUAAAUAAGUAAACUUGUUCUAUCUUUUUCAUA